AUGUCCGUUCCCAAGACCAUGAAGGCAGCGCGCCUUACCAAAGUAGGUUAUGUUAGGGACGAGAUCGGUGCUGCAGGGUUCUGCCACACGGACAACCAGGUCUACGAGGGCGUAUACCAGUCUAAACUCCAUGUGACACCAUCACACAAGCCUGUAGGUACGGUUGUCGCUCUUGGCGACAGAGCCAGUAAAAGCUGGAAGAUUGGUCAACGUGUCGGUAUGCUCAACCUUCGACAUGCGUACAACGACUGCCACGGGUGCAGCAACUAUCGCGAGGGUGAUCUGCCCAAUAUGAGGCUCUGCGAGAACAAGGAGAUGGCGGGUAUUCAGGACGGUGGAGCCUUUGUGGAAUACAUUGUCGCAGAUGCGGAUAGCUCAACUCUUCUUCUUGAGGGGUUGUCGUUCGAGCAAGCAGCCCCCAUGAUGUGCGCUGGUGCUACAGUAUGGGGCGGCAUUUCGAAGCUGGGUUUGUCAAAAGAUCUGCCUGUUGCUGUCAUUGGCACUGGCGGGUUAGGACAGCUGGCAAUCCAAUUUUUAAAGGCCCUAAGGCACCCAACAGUCGCCAUCGACAACCGCGAGGAGGGUCAGGAUCUCACACGAAAAGUUGGCCCUGAAGCUCUGAGGGCAGAUAAGGUGGUCGACUACAACGCCAAGGAUGCUGCAGAGCAGGUCAUCAAGUUCGGCGGCGAUGCUGGCGGAGUCGCAGGUGUUGUCGUUUGUACAGAUGACGUGCCCACGACCAAGUGGAGCUUCAAGAUUCUGUGA